CGAGAGACACGCGAGGAGAAGGGAGAGAGACAAGGGCCACAGCGAGCAGCGUUCUUCUGCUUCUAUCCGAGCCUUUCCGUGCGGCGGCCCUGGCUUAGGCACAACUGACCAUGAGUCGUGGGGAGCGCAGCCUGCACCAGGGAACAAGCCACACACUGGGCUGAACUACUUACUGGCGCUACCCGGGGGCACCCGAACACUGCAGCCCCUCCCCCCUAGAAAGGAUGGAGCUCCCCGUCCCCUCUCUGAAGGAUGUCAAGUGGAGCUCGGCCUCCUUCCCUCUGGACCUGCUCGUGAGCUCCUAUCGGCUGCCCCAGCUUGUCCGGGUGGACUGCGCAGGAGAAAAUGUUGAGGGCCUGCGGGAGAAUGACUGUCUCUUGAUUCACUCCUGUCGGCAAUGGACAACCAUCACUGCUCACAGUUUAGAAGAGGGACAUUAUGUCAUUGGUCCAAAGAUUGAGAUUCCUGUGCAUUACGGAGGGCAGUUUAAGCUGCUGGAACAGGACCGGGAUAUAAAGGAGCCAGUACAGUAUUUUAACAGCGUGGAGGAGGUGGCAAAAGCAUUUCCGGAGCGGGUUUACGUCAUGGAGGAAAUAACAUUUAAUGUUAAGGUGGCAUCAGGAGAGUGCAAUGAAGAUACUGAAGUUUACAACAUCACACUCUGCACUGGUGAUGAGCUAACAUUAAUGGGACAGGCGGAAAUUCUUUAUGCAAAAACAUCCAAGGAAAAGUCACGCCUCAAUACCAUUUUUAAGAAGAUCGGAAAGCUGAACUCAAUCAGCAAACUCGGCAAAGGCAAAAUGCCCUGCCUCAUAUGCAUGAACCAUAGAACUAAUGAAAGUAUCAGCCUUCCAUUCCAGUGUAAGGGGAGGUUUAGCACUCGCAGCCCUCUGGAGAUUCAGAUGCAGGAAGGAGAACACACAAUACGCAAUAUCGUGGAGAAAACGAGAUUGCCCGUCAAUGUAACAGUGCCUAGCCCACCACCUAGAAAUUCCUAUGACCUUCAUUUCAUACGUGAAGGGCAUCGAUACAAAUUUGUCAACAUCCAGACCAAGACUGUUGUCGUUUGCUUUGCGUUGCACACCAAUAAAAUAGUCCCCAUGCAUUUUCCAUUGCAUUUAUCAGUCCCAAAGUUUAGCCUUCCGGAAAAUCUCAUAAAGGGAGAAGUGUGGCAGGACUCUGUAGUGCAGCACUGGUACAAUAUAUGCCAGGAACAAUUUGAUAUAGAGGAAUACUCUCGGGCAGUGAGGGAUGUAAAAGCAGACUGGAGUGAAGAGUGCAAAAGCCCCAAAAAGAACUGGUCUGCUGGCCACAGCCAUAUACCAAACUCCCUCAGUUAUGCUCGGGAUGAACUGACACAGUCAUUCCACAGACUUUCAGUAUGUGUCUAUGGGAACAAUCUUCAUGGGAACAGUGAGGUGAACCUGCACGGUUGCAGAGAUCUUUGUGGGGACUGGGCUGCUUUCCCUCAAGAUUCCCCGCAGUAUCAGGACUCCUGUGACAGUGGAAGUGAUUACCUUUUCUCUGAAACCAGUGAAGAAUUGACAAGUCUACCAGCCAAGCCAGAACUUCCUUAUGAGGAGUUAUGGCUAGAACAAGGAUCCGUUAAAAGGAGCGGGCAGCCUCUCACACGAUCACAAAGUGAGAAGAACAAAUGUGAUUCAUUCAGAGGUUCUCUUCCCUCUCGGUGUGGGACAUCAUCUCUUCCUUCUCCCGGAGCUCUACUGACAACUAAGAGUUUGGAUGUAUCCUUACCUCCACCUCCAGUGCCUCCAAAAUCUGAAGCUGUAAAAGAAGAAUGCAGACUUCUGAAUGCUCCGCCUGUGCCUCCACGCAGUUCCAAGCCGUCUUCCCCCACUCCAUCUGUCCCUCCAGCGGCUGAAAAUAUUGUACGGCAGCAAACAAGAUCCCCCAGCCCUACCCUUUCUUACUAUUCAUCAGGGCUGCAUAGCAUAGGCAUCACAGAGAGUGAAACGACCAGCUCCUCGGAUAAUUCUCAAGUUUCCUGCUAUCCAUGUAACUGGAUGAAAAAUGAAAGCUCUGAUCUUGAAAGCAAUUUGACUUGUGGGAGCGCAUCAUCAGAAGCCCUUCCCUCCCGACUAUCCUGGCCAAACCGAUAUUGUGGUGGUGCAGAAGGCCUUAAUGUGAAUGAUUUGCCCAUGGAUCAGUGUCGCAGUUAUUACAGUUAUCCUCGACAAAAGACUCCAGGAACACCAAAGAAAAACUCUCCAGCCACAUUUGACUUUGGGGGCUGUGGUUCUUUUACAGGGUGCAACCAGGGAGAGUUUUCCGACACAGUACCAGGCUGUCCGAAAUCUGCAAGCUACUCACUAGAAAGUGCCACCGAUAGAAUGUUAGGUGACAAUAGCACAAAGCAAAGCUUGUCAUGUCCUGCCUUACCUCCUCGUGCACCAAAACCCAGUGAAGGAAAUGCUCUCUCGGAACCCUUGUCUUUGCCAAUGAAAAUCGAUGGCGCAGAAGAAGAAAUUCAGACUUGUUCUCCAGACUUCUUAGAAGAACAUUAUCUUGCUAAAAAGGGGGUUCAGGAUAUUUUCUCAAUUUCCUACCCAUUCUCCUCACCACUUCACAUGCAGCUAGCACCAAGGUCUUGCGGGGAUGGUUCUCCUUGGCAGCCACCGACCGAUCUUUCAGGACUGUCAGUUGAAGAGGUGUCGAAGUCCCUUCGAUUCAUUGGUUUGUCGGAGGACGUGGUGUCCUUCUUUGUCUCCGAAAAAAUUGAUGGGAAUUUACUCGUGCAACUAACUGAAGAAAUACUCUCGGAGGACUUUAAGUUGAGCAAGUUACAGGUUAAAAAAUUAUUACAGUUUAUUAAUGGCUGGCGACCGAAGAUGUAGUAAUUGGACUACUCCAAAGGCUACUGAUCAAAGCACUUGUUGAAGUGCCGGUUUUAUUUGUACAAUCUGCAAAUGUUUUGCACUAAGAAAUAGUCUUGACUGUAUAUUAUCCUACAAAAGAAGAAAUACCUACUAUGCAGUGAAAAGUACGAGUGGAUGAAUCAAUUAGUACUGUAUCUCAAUGCAAACAUUUUAAGACAACACUCGGUGUGCCUUGGGCAUCACUGAAUACUAAGCAGCUGCUACAUUAUUUUAAGUUAAAGGGAAAUAGCAUUUAUAAGCUUCAUUUAAACCUGUAAUGUAUAUUAGGAUCCAAAGCUUAAAAGAUAUAAGGGGUUGUGUAAUUAAAGGCACUAAUUUAGCCCAGGACCAGUUACCCAUAGCAACCAAUCAGUAGAGAGCAUUUAAUGGUCACCUGUUUAAAAGCAAACAUCUUAUUGGUUUCUGUGGGUUACUGCUCCUGGGAAAACAGUACUUUUUUUUACAUAUGGGGAUAGUAAGUUAUAAUAAGUUGGCCACAAUGAUCGUUGGCUUUGUAUGUUUUCCUCUAAUGAGCCAUGAUAAAGCACUUCUAUUUAAUGACUUUCGUUAUCCAAAACUUGUUUCUAACUAUACAAAUUUAGACAAUUAUUAUCCAGGUUUUAUAAACAGUGGCUUCGGUAGUAGAAUUCUACAUUUAGACCCUGUUCCAAAAACCUUGGAAACUAGACCCCCAAAAUGAAUACUUAAGCAACAGAUAUUUGUAUCAAAUUAAGUGACAUAUUAAAGAAUCUUACCAAACUGGUGUGUAUGUGUGUGUGUGUGUGUAUGUAUAUAUAUAUAUAUAUAUAUAUAUAUAUAUAUAUAUAUAUAUAUUUAUAUUCUUGCCCUUUUACAUCUCUUGUGUUGAGCCACCAUUAUGUGAUGGUCUGUGUGCUGCCUCAGAGAUCACCUGACCAGAAAUACUGCAGCUCUAACUGUAACAGGAAGAAUUGUGGAAGCAAAAGACACAACUCUGUCUGUUAAUUGGCUCAUGUGACCUAACAUGUGGGUUGUUUGUGUGCACCGUGAAUCCUAGGAUCCCAGGGGGCGGCCCUUAUUUUUUAAAAUGUCAAUUUUCUAUUUGAUUACCCAAUGGCACAUAGUACUAAAAAAGUAUAUUAUUAUGAAAAUGGUUUAUUUACAUGAAGCAGGGUUUUACACAUGAAUGCUUUUACUCAAUAUCUUUUUAUAGAGGCCUACAUUGUUUGGGGGUGGUAUAGUUUUCCUUUAAAAGCCUUGUCUUGAACUAAAAAGCAAGUAGAAAUCAUACACAAGUCUCCUGUUGGCCAGUCCUGUCACUUUCUGAAGGGAUAAUAAAGGCACAAUAGAGCUUGACAUUACUAUAAAAGUGGUAUUUCUGCAUCCUGAGAAUGUAAGUGCUGCACGUGCAAAUCUUGGUUUUUAUCUUUUUCCCCAUUAGAUUUCAGGUAUAUUAGUUACUUAUGAAGUGCAGUUUUAACAUAGCGUUCCUCAUCAUGUUCUAUUUUUUAUGAUUAAAAUGUUUUAAUGACACAGAACAAAACCACUACCUAAGAUGUAAUAACUCUUAUUGUGGCACAGCAAUGUCAUUAAUAAACAAUGUAUGUUUCCUUGUAUAUAUAAAUGUGUAUAAUAUAUAAACUUAUUUUCACUCAGUA